AGGCAUAAUGUAUAAACAAAAUAGAAGUUGGAUGUAUGAUAAAGAUGCGGUAUUGUACGGAAUGCAAUCAAAUUUUCUCGAGGGAGUCGGGGAAUUUAUUGAAUUUGCACUUGAACAUCCGGCUUAUAUGAGUGGUGAUAAAAUAAGAUGUCCAUGUUCAAAGUGUAAAAAUCUCAAAUUUAAAGACCCACACGAAGUUGGGUAUGAUUUGUACGCUGUCGGUUUUGUUCCCAAUUAUUAUAAUUGGACUUCUCACGGCGAACCUUUGGAUCCAUCUGUUAUACCACAAACGGUAGGUUCGUCUCGUUACGUCCCUCCAGAGAUGAGUGCGUGGGGAGACCGUGCUGAAUGAGGUGGGACCAACAGAUGGUAUAUGACGCAUACGGUGUACCGUCUCAGUUCAACCCCCCACAACCACCUAACGACCCCCCUGAAGCCUCAACCUCGUAUCAACCAGAUGCGGAUGAAAAUCCGACAUUUUAUCAACCUUAUGUGGAUGAAGGUUUGGCUGAGAGAUUUCAGGAUGUUCUAAAAGCUGCCGACCAACCUCUGUAUGCUGAUUGUGAGGGAUACUCUCAGCUAUCCGCUGUUACUGAGUUCAUGAACAUAAAAGCCGAAUACAGUCUCCCUGAAACUUGCAUGAAUAGAGUCUUGCAGUCAGUAGGAGGGAUGCUACCGCGAGAUCAUACCCUUCCCGAUUCAUAUUACCACAUGAAGCAGUUAAUGUCUAAGUCGGGGCUAACUUGUGUUGAAAUUGAUGCGUGCCCGGAAGGAUGUAUGUUGUUCUGGAAGGAGGAUGAGGCACUUGAGUUCUGCAAGUUCUGUGGUGGAGACAAAUACAAACCUGUUCGUCAAGGUAAAAAGAAACCACGACAUAGGUCUGCACUGUCUAAACUGUAUUACCUCCCAAUAGCUCCUCGACUGCAAAGGAUGUAUGCUUCGACUGCUACUGCGAAACACAUGACAUGGC